AUGGCUUCGCAAAGAUCAGCCCUGCGGCUUUGGAAGACGAGCUCUCAGCUUGUGGCUAGACAGCAUGUGCGGAGGCUCACGCUUCACCAACAUCAAUCACAAGAAUUGUUAAAACAGGCCGGUGCUGUCGUCCCCCGCGGUCUCGUUGCGCGCAGCGCCGAGGAAGCCCGGGCAGCGGUGGAAGAGCUCGGGAACAACAGUCUUCUAAGUGCGCAGCUUCUCAAACGAAAUGUGUCCUUGGCGGAGCAAGAAGCCGCUGGUCUAGUGGCUCGCAGCCCCGAGCAAGCAGCCAAACUCGCUACUGAUCUUUUGCGCGCAUCCGACAGCGGUAUUGCCGCCAGAGAGCUGUACAUAUCACAGCCGGCAUCUCACGAUGAAGUCUGGUACCUGGCCAUGACCAUUGACCGCGAAACCUAUCGGCCUACCAUUGUCAUCUCCAAGCACGGCGGCCAGGACAUCCGCACUAUUGCCAAGCAGCAUCCCGCCAGCAUCCACUCGUACAACUUUACUCUGACCGAAGGCAUUCCCGAAUCCCUCACCCAACGCAUCGCCUCUGACCUUGGCAUAUCCAGUAUCGCCGAAACCAGCAGCCUCGGCAAGACGCUGACGGCCCUGCACAAAAUCUUUCUCGACAAGGAAGGCAUGUUGCUCGAAGUUCGCUCUCUGGCCCGCUCCGACAAUGCCUUUGUCUGUCUAGACUCGAGUUUCGUGUUCGACGACGAUGCGCACAAGCGACAGACGGAGCUUUUUGCCCUGCGCGACAAGGAGCAAGAGGUGCGCGACGAGGUCGAGGCGGAGAAGCACGGCCUCGUGUACGUGCGCAUGGACGGCAACAUUGGAAACGUGGUCAACGGCGCCGGGCUGGCCAUGGCGACUAAUGACGCCAUUGGGCUGGCAGGCGGCAAGAGUGCGAAUUUCCUGGAUGCCGGCGGCCAGGCGACGACGCAGACAAUGAUGCAGGCGUUUAGCAUCAUUCUGAGAGAUGAGCGCGUCAGGGCCAUCCUUGUCAACAUUUACGGUGGUAUUACGAGAUGCGACAUGAUUGCCGAGUCCAUUAUUGGCGCUGCCAGCGAGAUGAACAUCCACGUCCCGAUGGUGGUCCGUCUUCAGGGCACAAACUCGGAAGCGGGAUUGAAGCUUCUGGCGGAUGCAGAUCUAGGGCUAUUCGUGGAAUCCGAUUUUGGAAAGGCAGCGCAGAAGGCGGUUGAGCUCGCCAACGCAUAA